UGAUUACAAUAUACCAGUUGAGACGAUGGGUUCUUAUACUGGUGAUUGUUGAAAGUGCUGAAAAGAUCGUGAUGCAACUGAUCAAUAUUGAGAAGAACAAGUUUUGUUGAGCUCACUUCAAUCCAAAAAUUGCUUUAGUAUUACACAAAAGGUGUCGAGAUGUUUAAAGCAACUCUAAACAAUACCAAGGAAAACAAUAAGCGUGCAUACCAGCCACCAACGCGUCCUCUAUCAUGCCCUCAACCUCAACCAACCAUACAACAGUCAUUGCUCACUCAAACUAGGGAGAGCCGGUCUGCAGGUAAGUGUUAACUUUAGGAUAUUUGAAAUCUAAUAAGGGUGGAACAUUUCGUGGAUAUAGGCUUGUGUUAAAAUUCCAGUUCGACCCUCAACCUUUAUUAUAUGCUGGUUAUUGUGUGAUUAAGCAAUCAGCAUCCUCAUCAGAUAAAGUAGCUAGCUUUCUUUUUUUGGUUGGGAACCUUAAUUACUGUUUUCCCCCCUAUUUUUGACAGCUGCAUAUUUCAGAUUUUAAAUGAACAAAAACAGAUGAAUUUUGCAUGGCUUUUAACCAAAGAAUUGACCAGUGCAGUCUGGACAUAGCCAAUGCUAUGUUUGUUAACGAGAUUGGGUCAUUCACACGCAAAUUAACUCCACUCAAAUUCAAAUGGUGGAGAAAAGUACCUAAGGAUGCCAAGAAUGAAAUCAAAGAGGUUCUGACAGUGAGUUAUAUAAUAUAUCUUUUCUGUUUAGUUCUUGUCUAAUUUAGUAACUUCUUUUUCACUUUAUUGUAGACUAAUUUCGAGUUUGAUUGGACUGACUUGGAGCUGAGGAUAUUUGUGGAGAAGAAGAUGGCCAAGGCAUUUGGAUCUUGGAGAUCCAAGUUGCAUGGACAUUUUAAAAAGUAUGCUCAUGAUUUAGAAUAUGCUCGAGCACACCCACCCGGAGAAAAACUCUUUGGUGAAAGAUCAAUAGAUGAAUGGGAGUGGCUUUGUGACGAGCUGUUCAUAGAUGAAACCUAUGUGAAACGAAGUCAAGUUAAUGCUGCAAAUCGAAAUCAGAAAGAGUAUAAUCAUUGUGGAGGUUCACGGCCUUACCAAAAACAUAUGGAAGCUGCACUUAAGAAAGGUAAAAAUGUGUCAUUUGUUGAGAAUUGGAGCACUAUGCAUCAACAUCAUGACGGUCAAUGGAUCAACAAAGCAGCUGAACAAACUGGGAAGAAAAUGUUAGCAGAAUUGAAUCAAACAAAGGAGAAGUUAGCUGAAGUCCUUGAGACUGCCUCACUUGAUGAAAUAGAAGUUCCCGUCUCUAUGCAGUUGGAUAUCUUGGCAAAUGGCGUUGGGGUUGCAAAGGGUAGAGGCAUUCGCGGUCUGGGCUAUGGUCCACGGAAGGAACCUGUCCAUUAUUCUGAGAGUGAUAAAUCUGCAAAUGCUUCCGUGACAGAACAAAAUGUGAUUGAGCUGACAGCCACGGUGGAAAAGCUUUUGAGGCAUAUCAAUCACAUAGAAGAGCAACUUGCUAUUGUUGAAGGGUAUACUAUUCAUCAUUCCAGUGAUGAUGAUGAUGAUUAUGAUAAUGGGGAUGAUGAUGAGGUGAAUAUCUGUGGGGAUGAAGAUGAGGGUGCAGACUAGCUUAGGACCUUAAUGUUUUCCGAUGGAACUUUAGUUUUAUAUUAUUAAACUAGAAAACUUGAUUUUGCUAGCUAUUGUCUAUGUAGAAGUGUAGAAACGCAAAACUUCACUUUCUCAGUUAUACUAUCUUUCAUUUAUUCAAUGCAAUUAAAUAUAUUUUUAUUUAGUUUUAUUCA